UCUCGCCUCCAUUGCGUCGGGCUUCACCAGCUGCUCAGAUUCACCAACUCACCGUCACAACAGCUGGGAAAGGAUUUCCGAGCCAACCACCGUGAAGAUGGUGGCGGUCACCGGACCGGGAAUAUCACGCGCGCGCGGCGGCAGCAGCAGCAGCAGCGGCGGCGGGACUCUCCGGGUUUAGACUCCAGGCUCUCCGCCUGCUUCGUCACAGAGCUCCUUCAGGGGGAAAGGGUGGCAACCAGCGACAGACGGAAGGGAACGCAGCAUUGUGCGCGAUGGUCUGACACAUGCACGCCAGCCGAAAGUGUCCAGACGCGGGGAACGGUGUGAGAUCAGAGGAGAUUCGGGGUAACCCCGCGGAGGGGCUCCGGGGGGGCUCGUCUCCGUGUCUGCUGUGAGGGAAUGUGAGGGGAGGAAAUCCAGCCUGAUCUCCAAAUACGCAGACUCCUCAUUACGCAGGAAACACGGCCUUGGAAACAUGGAAAAGAGACUCAAAGUUUGGGAGCUUUUGGACGGGAAGGCUUCCGCUGACGCUGCGCACAAGUUUUGCGUUGAUCUGACCCGCAACAGUUAGUGCGGAGCGGAUCGACGAGCCUGAAGAAAGGCGCCCGAACCCCCGGCGCUGCAAGAGUUUGGAUCCUCACUAUUUAUAGAGCAGCGAGCUGUGGGAGCUGCAGCCCGUCUUCCCCCAACUGCACGCGCGCAACAAGUUGCAGGCUCUCCCGAGGUAAGCCCACCAUCAGCUGUGGGUGGAAAUUUCCCUCCGCGCGUCGCUGAAUUCCGCAUUCCUCCAGCCGAGCCCCGCUUUGGAGAGCUGGGGGGAAUUAACGGAGGAGAUCCGGGGAGGGAGUUCAGGAAAGGACGGGGCUGCAUCCGUGGGAAUAGGCCGGUCUGGCAGGCCUCUGGUGGUUUGGGUCGUGGGCUGGACUCAAAAAUAACUCUGUUUACAUUUUUGUUUGUUUUGUUUUGGAAGACAGGAGGAACAAAUAUGAAAUGAGAACACGCAGCGACGAGACGCCGGAUUACGCACUGAUCCAUGGAUCGGAGAAGGAGCCGGAGACCUUUUCAUUACUGGACAUUCACUUUUUAAUUAACUGAAUAAACACCCCCGCGCGCGCCACACCAGCAGCAGCUUCCAGGCUGCGGCGAGUCUGUUGAUCUUAAGUCUAAUAACCAUAAAGUUCUUCACCUGACCUGGAACCUUUGAUUCGGUCCACAAAUCUCCCCGAAAGCUUCUCGUUUGUCUAGAGGGGGGGCUGCUGCUGGGGGGCGGCGGUGGAACCGUGCACAUCUGUUGACACCGUUUGCUCCUCAUCAAACUUUGUAUUUCCAGCCUCAUCGACAUGUUGCGCGCGUGCAGAUGAGGUCAUUUCCAGCCGCGCGGCGUCCAGCUCCAUAGGAAGGUGGCUGCAUCGGUGAGGGGGGGCAGCAAACGUUUUACCGCAGCCGGGGAGGGGGAUGCGGGUGUAGUGCGAUCACUGACGCAAACUCAUGAUUGGAUGAUGGUGAGAUCAAACAGCUGGACUGGCGCGUGCGUGUGAACACUGGCUAGCGCGCGCGGUCUGUGCCGCGCUCUCCAUCCAUGCAGGGCGACUUCAACAGGCUGUCUGUGUUGUCAGCAUCCCCAUCUCCUCCCAGCCGCACGUGCACGCAUGGCGCCGGCGCGCGCAUCCAGUCUAAUAGCCUGAACGCCAGCUGCUCGAAUCCCCCGGUUCCCGCGUCACGCCCGUAAACAUGGCCACUCUCCAGCAGCACCGGCAGCUGCUCGUGCACGGCACGGAGGUGAACUGCGACUCGUGCGGGGACGGCGCCAUUACCGUGCGGAUUUCCAACAGCGCGCCGCAAACGCAGCGCCAGGAGCCGCCGAGAGCUCCGCAGAAAGUCAACCCUGACCUCCACAAAUACAGCAUCUCCUCCAGCUGCAGCUCCGCGGACUCCAGGCCCGCCGUGACCUCCAGGGCGCGCGUGAAGGUGCCCCCGCUCUUUGAGCGCUCUGCCGCUCAGUGCUGGGACCCCAAGUUUGACUCCCCCGUGCUGGAGGAGGCCUGUCAGGAGAGGUGCUUCUCUCAAAAGCAGCGCAGGUUCCGUUAUGUUCUCUUCUACCUGGGGGUGGCAGCUGUCCUCUGGGGCGUGUACUUUGGGGUCAACCAUGACCGCUGCUGCCCUACCACCUUUAUUGCCCCCACUGCCUCCUUUCUGGCCUUACUGAUGCUCCUGUUUCUGUUCACGUUUACUCGGCCAUAUGUGUGGCUUUACAACCAAACCUCCCUGCUGCUCAUAGCCAUCACCUUCGCCAUCACUUUAGCCCCACAAAUACAGACUGCUGGCUACACUCAGCUGGAAUGGGCAAAUGGCGGGAAUGUGUCACAUGUGUCGGAGAGCAAAGUACCCUGCAUCUCCCCCGUUGGAACCUUCUCCCUGUGUAUGGAGGUCCUGCUGCUGUUGUACAGCGUCCUUCAUGUGCGCCUGUACGCCUCGGUGUUGCUCGGCCUCCUUUAUUCUAUACUGUUCGAAGCACUAGGGUGGCUGCCGCUCCUUCAGAACGCUUCUGGUGACACCGGACAGGUGUUUGAACUGGUGGGUCCCACCUGGGAAGACAACACGCUCCGCUGGCUGGGCCCAGCCAAAGGUUUACUUCAUCUGUGCGCUCAUGUCAUCGGCAUCCACCUGUUCAUCAUGUCAGAGGUGCGUUCCCGCAGCACCUUUCUCAAAGUGGGCCAGGCCAUCAUGCACGGCAAAGACCUGGAGGUGGAGAAGGCCCUGAAGGAGCGGAUGAUCCACUCGGUCAUGCCCAGACGGGUUGCAGACGAGCUGAUGAAGCAGGGCGACGACGAGGGCGGCGGGGAGAAUUCCGGCAAACGGUAUUCCUCAGGUACAUGCUCUACCUCAGUUGUUGCGGGUGGUGCAGGAGGCGCUGGAGGUUUGCAAAGUCAGAGUGGCGUGAGCUCCAAGAACAACCCACACGGCAAUCACAAACAGAAGAAGACCUCCAUCCCCCGCGGACAGAUAAUAUUCAGACCUUUCAACAUGAAGUGCAUGAAGCCCGUCAGCAUCCUCUUUGCAGACAUCGUGGGCUUCACCAGAAUGUCUGCCAACAAGUCGGCCCACGCUCUGGUGGGCCUCCUCAAUGACCUGUUCGGACGAUUCGAUAGACUCUGUGAAACAACCUACUGCGAGAAGAUCAGCACUCUGGGAGAUUGCUACUACUGCGUGGCGGGAUGCCCGGAGCCGCGGCCGGACCACGCCUACUGCUGUGUGGAGAUGGGCCUGGGCAUGAUCCAGGCCAUCGAGCAGUUCUGCCAGGAGACGUGCGAGACGGUGAACAUGCGUGUCGGAGUCCAUACUGGCACAGUCCUGUGUGGGAUUCUGGGAAUGAAGCGCUUCAAAUUUGACGUGUGGUCAAAUGAUGUCAACCUCGCCAACCUAAUGGAGCAGCUCGGCGUAGCGGGCAAGGUUCACCUGUCGGAGGCUACGUCAGAGUUCUUGGACGACCGAUACCUGAUGGAGGACGGGCGAGUGGCGGAGAGAGCCGGGCAGAGCGUGAUGGAGAAACUCAAGGAUGUGAAGACCUACUUGAUCUCUGGAAGGAAGCUUGGUAAUGACGUGCACUGUGGCUGCUGCCAGGUGGGACUGGCAGGUGGGGCGCUGGUAGGUCUGCCGUUAUGCCCUCAGUCACGCACACCCGACCUCAUCCCUGGAGGUGCGCACGCCGCCGAGUCCCAGCUCUCCCACCACUUGCCAGAUAGAACGGCGGUUCCUUGUGUGUUCCACAGCAUGACGCUGUCAUCUGUUGCAGAGCACACUGAUGAUGCGACCGUGCUGAAUGGCUGCCAGGAAGAACAUAAGAGCAGCAGCGGCAAGUUCAUCCCAGGUCACAGCCCCAGGGCUGCCAAUGGCCUCCUGAGCCCCCGACUGGAGGACCCCGUUCGUGCAAGCCAUAGUUCCCUGUGUGACAUCCUCCAGGAGAAAGAAAAGAAGAUCAGCACCAGCACGGGGACCGGGACCGGGACCGGGACCGGGACCAGCCUCGGCAUGGCCGGUGGAGCAACAGGUCACGGCAUGGAUCACUCUGCCCUCAUACAGCUGCGAGCCAAGAACUACAAACGCAAAAGCGACGCCCACUUUGUGGACGUUAUUAGGGAGGACAGUUUGAUGAAAGACAACUUCUUCAAACCCCCCAUCAGCAGAUUCAGCCUGAACUUUCUGGAGAGACCUCUGGAAAAGGCCUAUCGCAGCAGCUACAAAGAGGAGGUGAUGAACCAGGUUCAGGUGCAGACUUUUGCCAGCCCGACCUUCAGCUCUUUUCUGGACGUUCUGCUGGGCUGUUUCGUCUUCUUGGCCCUGACCCUGGCCUGCUUCCUUCCAUCUUUGGUGAGCUCCUCCACGGUGGGGUCGGCUGGAUCUGCUGCCCUGGUCCUAGCUCCCAUGGCUGGUUUUCUGGAACUGACCUCGCUGGUGCUUUCCAUACAUAUCACCUUCUUCUUGAAGGAGCUGAUGACCUGCACUCGCUCUGUACUCACGGUGGUUUCUGGUUGGAUAUUCCGUCAUGUGAUCGGGGCCGUGUUGGUCUCCCUCCCCGCCAUCUCUGUCUUGUCCCACCUCACCACAUCUCGCCUUCCCUUUCAGGUUACCAUGUUCCUCUGCUGUGCUGCCAUCCUUGCCAUCAUUCAGUACUGUAACUUCUGUCAGCUGAGUUUUUGGAUGCGCUCAGUUUUGGCAACUACUACGGGAGUCACUCUGCUGCUAUUGUUGUACAAGACCGUGCACAGCUGGAGUAAUAACAGCGUGCCUGUUCAUGGACUAAACACUUCUCUGUCGACCUUGGAAGUAUUAGAAUCCAGCUCCCACACUCCUCAGGGACUCUUUGCCCUUUUGGUCCCAGAGGCCGUCCUGGCCUUUUUCUUACUCCUUCUUCUGGUCUGGUUUCUCAAUCGGGAGUUUGAAGUCAGUUACCGUCUCCAUUACCAUGGCAACGUGGAGGCUGACAAGCACCGUGCCAAGAUCCAGACAAUGCGAGACCAGGCGGAGUGGCUUCUCGGCAACAUCAUCCCAAUCCAUGUGGCCGACCAACUCAAGGUGACCCAGAGCUACUCCAAGAACCACGACAGCGUCGGUGUGAUCUUUGCCAGCAUUGUCAACUUCAGCGAGUUCUACGAAGAGAGCUAUGAGGGAGGAAAAGAAUGCUAUCGCGUCCUUAAUGAGCUAAUUGGAGAUUUUGAUGAGCUCCUUCGAAAACCUGACUUUAAAAGCGUGGAGAAAAUCAAGACGAUUGGCUCCACCUACAUGGCAGCGUCAGGCCUGAAUGUUCAGCAGCUGGCCGAGACUGAAGAUGACUCUCCGCAUGCACACCUGAAGGCACUCUUUAACUUUGCCUUGGAGAUGAUGGGUGUCCUGGAUGAUUUUAACAAGAACAUGCUGGGCUUCGGUUUCAAGCUUCGUAUCGGUUUUAACCACGGACCUUUGACGGCUGGAGUGAUUGGCACCACCAAGUUACUCUAUGACAUCUGGGGGGACACAGUCAACAUUGCCAGUCGUAUGGACUCCACAGGUGUGGAGUGUCGGGUGCAGGUGAGCGAGGAAAGCCAUACGGUGCUCAGUGCCAUGGGCUUAGACUUUGAGUACAGAGGAACAGUGAAUGUUAAGGGCAAAGGCCAAAUGAGGACUUUCCUUUACCCCAAAAGUGGAGACAGUGCUUGCCAGGAUGGACCCGAGCUGGGAGCCGGACUUGGACAUUUGUCCACGUCAGUCCCUGUGAAUCAGACUGCAGUGUCUACUUCCCAGACAGGAGCCCCUCCAUCCUCUUCCCUUUCCCCUCCUCUUCCCAUGUUUGCCCCUGAAUCCCAAUGCACUUUAAGGCCUUUGAUGGCUGCUGUCGAACCUGGACCUGCUAAGUCCACAGAGGUGAGGAAUGUAGGACACAGGGGCACAGAGGAUUUACACCAGCAGUCCCUGAAAACAGACUCCGCCCCCCCUUCCCAUUCUGAGCAAGCCCCAGAAGUGAGUGCUGCUCCUCUAGCGCGUCAUGAGGAAGAAGUGGAGGAAGAAGAAACCAACGAGCUCACUAAACUCAAUGAGGAGUUUUAUGCUCGCCUCUGAUCCCUAAUUUGUUUCUUGUGCUGGACUGAAAACGAACCUCCUUGGAGUGCGGUAUUUUCAAUGUGGACAUCAGGGGCUUUAAACAGCUGUCUGACCGUUCCCAUGGCAGUGGUGCCUCAGUGCUCUGGUGGGUCAUGGCGGUCAGAUCUGUGUUGAGCACAGUAGAUUAAAUCAGUGAAAAAGGGAUUAAAAAGUUUAGAGAGAAGAUUAUUUUUGACAUUUUUCAUGAUUUUUCUUUAUAAAUAUUCAUUAAGUGCCUUAAGGACUACAAGAAUGAGCAAAGGAAAACAAGUUUAAAGAAUUUGAGGUCGAAUGCCAAGUUGUGGUUUCUUCAUGCUUUUAUUUUCAAGUAUUUCUUUACAGAUAUAUUUACUGUUGUGUCAUGCCAGUUUUUUUUUUACCUGAUCAAAUUUUUUACAUCAUUUGAGGGAAUUUUUAAACAUAAGCCAGUGCAGUAAAAUGGAUUGAGCAGGAAAUAAUGGGAAAAGUGAGGGAAUUCCACAAUGCAUUAUUAAUCUAGAUGUUCUGCUUUGAUGUGAGAGCUUACAUGCAGUAUUCACAGAUGCCAGAGUUCCUAUUUCAAGAGAUACACAAACGAAAGCGCCGUUCAGUUUGAGUAGAAGCUUCAUGCACAUUAAGCACGGCUCUUGCACAUUGUUUUUCAACCACUUGUUGUGGGUAGUUAUUACCAUUAUUUGCUCCUAAGUAGGAUUAGCAAACGUUUUUUACAAUCCAUCAUUAGAAAUAUAAUUGAAUGAGGUAAUGUAGAUCUGGAUUAUCUGAAAAAAAUCAUCAAAGUAUACCUCACAGUAUUGUGUCCCACAAUCAUUGAUUGUACAUGAGAACUGGACUGGGUGACUCCACCGCCAAGGCAUUCCAAACAGGAAGUGCCUGUUGGUUCCAAGAAGCCAAAAUCCCAUAGACUUCCAUUGAGAAACAGACAGUUAUUUCUCAUUUUGUUUGUCAGAAUAACCAUUCUUGCUCUGAUACUUCAUUCUUAGCACGUUCUUUAUAAUCCUUAUUUUUUUUAAGAUAUUUUUUCUUUAUCACCAGUUAUUCAAGUUAUAAACUGACCAAUCAGAUUCCUCAGUAAAAACUGGAGCCCGCUGGCCCCGCCUCGAACAUUUGAUUGACAGAUUCCCCGAUCCGCUUUCAGUGAGAGGGGUGUGGACUUUGAACAAACCGGAACAAGCUCAUUCAUGAUUGGUGACAGUUCUUCCUCUAAAAGCGUGACACAGACUGACUUUGACUAAUCCCUGUUGAGGGGCGCCAAUCGUUUGCAUCAUGGCGGUAGACGUAUCAGGAAGUGAUGGCGAAGGCUCUGGCCUGAUUUCACAAGGGCUGGAGGUAAUGCAUUUCCUAUGUGGGAUCUCAAAACUUGUUAUGUCCAGUUCUUAUUAACGGUCUAUGAUUACAUCCCACUCACUCGGUCCAGUUCUCACAUACAGUCAAUGGCCACAAUCCAGCGUGAUCUUUAGAAGCCCAAAUGAUUUCAUAUGCGAGUAUAAACAAGAACAAAUAAUGUAAAAUAUACUUUUUUAAUUUAUUUUUUAUUUUUUGUGCUUUUCUAUGCAUUUUCUCGUAGAGAUAAAUAAUUAAUUACAUUGAUUAAAUCUGUGCAGAACUCCAAUACUUUUAUAGAGCAAUAAAAAUGCAUUUUUUGGAUAAAAAAACAUCAAUGAAGACGCAUAGGAGGAAUCAGGUGGAUCAAUAUGAAUUGGACACUUUUAAGCAGAUUAUUUAAUAGACCUACUUCUUAAUAGGUGCAUUGAAAUGAAAGUUUAGAGUAUAAAUGGGAUAACUAUCUCCUUGUACAUGGAAUGGCUUCACAAGACAACACAGAUUGUGCUUAAAAGCUCUGUCUAAGAUUUUCAAUGUUUAUUAGUUGCCUUAGUAGUCAAAAAACAAACAUUUGGUGAUGCUUUUCUAACGAUGCAUCAACCAGCUCAGUGUCCCCUGCCUUUUGGUGUGUGACUUGCAGUCGACGGGUUGAAACUGUUUAUAGUCAAUCUCCAAGUGGAGCCGUCUACUGUAUCAAUAUUGUGCCACUUUAAUUGAGUGUUCUCUGGGUGCAGUGCAACCUGAUCUAGUUGAUUGUUUUAUGGUGCCUAAAAUAAUGACUGUAUUAUUCGUUAAGAACUUGUCAGUGAGCUUGUUUGAAGUCAUCCUGUCGUUGUACUGAGGAUAGUGUGUGAAUGUAUGUUACAGAAAAUGCUCCGACAAUGUUUUCCACAACUUUUAAUUGGACAAAUGCUUCCUUGUGUUUUUCUUUUCUUUUCUUUUUUGUGUCUUUCCAGAAGCUAAAAUGGAGUGAAUAAUUGUCUGGUUGUUUUCUGUGAUCUAAACUUAGUUUGUGCUUUUGUCUUUGCCCUUUAACGCACUUGCUUCUCCCCUUCAAUCUGUGGUAUGUACAAUACAUUUCUUUAAAGAUCAACAACAGAAAAGAUUCAGAAGACCACCCUUCUGCUCCUGUUUAACUGAUCUGUGUUAUCUGUACAGGAACCAUCCGUAGACUGCAGUAUUUGAAAAGGAACACACAGAGAAUCUUUAUGUUUUCUUAUUUUUCAGUCACCACCUCACCCUCAGGAGGAUGGUCAGCUUCUGUGUCCCGGUGUUUUUUCUCUACAACAAUAUGACCCUGUGCAAAGACUGAGAGACGAUUCAAGUAAUAGGUGUCCAUCUCUGCUUUCCAAGCCGUCAUUUUUUUUUUUUUUUUUUUUUUCAAGCCGUCAUUUGUAUACGCAGAAGUCUUUGCUUCCACUGCCGUUGUGUAUUAUGAACACACACCAGUGCCUUUUAAUUUGGUAAAUGUUUAAUUAGUGUUGAGCUGUGGUUAUCACAAAGUUCCAUCCAUGUUGCAUAAUUAUGAAAACCCAAAGAAGCACUUCCUGCAGCGAUCAGUGUAGCUCGAGGCUAGAAAGUAUCAUAAGAAGAACUUUAUAUGUCUAAAAAUGAUAAAUAUUCUGUAUUAUUAAAACGAACACUCUGAACUAUCCGGUGUUUGCCAAAUAUAAAGAACUGUAUCUGACAAAGUGACAGUAAAACAUUAGCAUCACUCACCGUUCUGCCUUAUGUUGUCACGUGAUGAUAGUUCCAUACUGUGCUUAGAUCCGUUUCCCACCAGUUAAGGACCGGGGUUGGGAAACACGGAUUCAGAGAACCAAGAGGACGUUCUAAAUGUAGCCAACUAGUACAGACCAACCAAACGCACAAUGUAAGAAGCAGCACAAACCUGUAAAUGUUUCAAAUGAACACUGCCGGAUCCAUUUGUCUUUUUUGUGCAACACUGUGUGUAAGCUGUUAGGUUUCUUUUUCAUUUGAUGACAUUGUUCCUCUUGAGUUUAAAUCUUUAUUCAUUAUACUUUUAUUUAAUUUCAUUACCACUCUUUCCAGGUUUAUGCUGGACAUGACACAUGUAUCUCUGACAAGCAACAAAUCAGGGUGAAUGACGGUGUGUUUUUGGAUGUAAAAGUCGUAAAAAUGUUGGUAGACAACAGCUACGAAAAAUCAAUGAUAGUUUAAUCUGUGAUUUCUUUUGUUGAAACCGUUUGAGUGGAGACGGAAUAAUAAAGGGAAAAUGUGAAAGGGUUUAGUGUGAGCACUUGUAAAAAAACACACAACAAAGAAAAAUCACAGAAUGACUCCUUUAAAUGAGGAAAUCUAUGCCUUUGCAUACAUUUUACCAGAAACAUUAUGUUUUCAAUUACUUUGGGGCACAGGUUAGACAGUGUUGUUUGGAUUAAAGUACAUAUGAUUUGUGUUCAUGAAUGAAAUGUAUAUUGUUUGUUUUGUGCAUGUUAUCCAUGUAUCAACUAUCAACACAUAAUCGUAACUAUACACAUUUGCACAAAGCACUCAGUGUUUGUACAUUUUCAAUUAUUUUUGUCACAGAUGAUUUUUAUACAUUGUGCAUGUGACAGAUUUUAUCCAAAAAAAUGAUGAAAAAAGAUUGAUAUACUGUGUGUCUGUAUGUGUAAGUGUUGAAAAAGAUUUUCUCCCCAUUUUUUUUUUUUUUUUUUUUUAAUAUGAGAGAGAAAUAAAUCUUUAAGCAAAAAAA